AUUAUUAUCUUGAUCUCCUCCUUUCUUUCUCUCUUUGUUCACUCACUUACCACUCAAUCAAACAAUCAAGGUGCUAAAAAAAAUAUUUUAAAAAAUGGUGAAAAUAUGUUGUAUUGGAGGUGGCUAUGUUGGGGGUCCAACCAUGGCUGUCAUUGCAUUGAAAUGCCCAUCAGUUGAAGUGGUGGUUGUCGAUAUCUCUGUGCCUCGAAUUACAGCAUGGAACAGCAACAAACUUCCUAUCUAUGAGCCUGGACUCGACGAAGUGGUGAAGAAAUGCAGGGGAAAAAAUCUUUUCUUUAGUAACGAAGUGGAAAAAAAUGUUGCAGUCGCGGAUAUUGUAUUUGUUUCUGUAAAUACCCCAACUAAAACUUCAGGUCUAGGAGCUGGAAAAGCAGCUGACUUGACAUACUGGGAAAGUGCUGCACGUAUGAUAGCCGAUGUAUCAAAAUCUUCAAAGAUUGUAGUUGAAAAAUCAACUGUUCCUGUUAAAACUGCAGAAGCUAUAGAAAAGAUUUUGACCCAUAACAGUAAGGGGAUUGAGUUUCAGAUACUCUCAAACCCAGAGUUUUUAGCCGAAGGUACUGCAGUCACUGAUCUUCUCAACCCUGACCGUGUCCUUAUUGGAGGUCGACAGGAAACCCCUGGUGGGUUGAAAGCUAUCCAAACACUAAAAGAUAUUUACGCCCACUGGGUCCCACAGGAACGGAUUUUAUGUACUAAUCUUUGGUCCUCUGAGCUAUCCAAGCUUGCUGCUAAUGCUUUUUUGGCUCAAAGAAUCUCUUCUGUUAACUCAAUUUCAGCACUAUGCGAAGCCACAGGGGCAAAUGUUACACAAGUUUCAUACGCUGUUGGGAAGGAUAGUAGAAUUGGCCCAAAGUUUCUCAAUGCUAGUGUUGGGUUUGGUGGGUCUUGCUUUCAAAAAGACAUCUUGAAUUUGGUGUACAUUUGUGAGUGUAACGGGCUUCCAGAGGUAGCGAAUUAUUGGAAACAGGUUAUAAAGAUUAAUGACUACCAAAAAAGUCGAUUUGUGAACCGACUUGUUUCUUCCAUGUUUAAUACGGUAUCAGGUAAAAAGAUUGCCAUUUUAGGGUUCUCGUUCAAGAAAGACACCGGUGACACAAGAGAGACCCCGGCUAUUGAUGUGUGCAGAGGUUUGCUAUUAGACAAGGCUCAUUUAAUCAUAUAUGAUCCUCAAGUUCCCGAAGCACAAAUAAUGAAGGAUCUUUCAACACCAAAGUUUGACUGGGAUAAACCAGGGUCAACGAUUCAUAUAACAGAAGAUGUGGUCAACCAAAGUGUUAAAGUGGUUCAUGGUGCAUAUGAAGCUACUAAGGAUGCUCAUGCUAUAUGCAUCCUUACGGAGUGGGACGAGUUUAAAAGUCUUGAUUACCAGAAGAUAUAUGACAACAUGCCAAAACCAGCUUAUAUGUUUGAUGGUAGGAAUGUAGUAGAUGUCGAAAAGCUAAGGAAGAUUGGGUUUAUUGUUUACUCGAUUGGGAAGCCAUUAGAUCCAUGGCUAAAGGACAUGCCUGCCAUUGCUUGAAGAUCGACUCAGAAGCCUCAUUAACUUCCUAUGGUAGCGGAAGUUUGUUAGAGUUUCGUAUUCCAUGUUUGCCUUUAUAUUUUGUUCUUUAUAAGUGGUCGCUAUGUUUUGAUCUUGUUAUAGAUUUAAGUAAUAACAUCUUUACAAGUAGAUUAGGUAAUUGUUGAUGAUUGAUGCGUACUUGAAACCUUUUAUUAUCAUAUCUUUUGGGAAUCAGACGAUAGAUUUCAUAA